AUGUACCACCUCGCCAAAGGCCUCUACCGGCUGGCGACGAGCAAGGAGGAAUACUCGGUCCUCCUCCUCGGCCUCGACAACGCCGGCAAGACCACGUUCCACGAGCAGGUCAAGUCCAUCUUCCUGCCGGACAACCCGUCGCCGAAGCUCAAGACGGUGCCGACGGUCGGGCAGAACGUGUCGACCAUCACGCUGCCGGACAUGUACCUCAAGAUCUGGGACGUGGGCGGGCAGCUGAGCCUGCGCAAGCUGUGGCAGAGCUACUACUCGAGCUGCCACGCCAUCGUCUUCAUCAUCGACAGCACCGACAUCGGCGACGGCAGCCUGGAGCGCGACAGCUCCGGCCGCCUGGAGGAGUGCCGCCUCGUGCUCGAGGACGUGCUGCAGAACAGCGAGGCCGAGGGCGUGCCCCUGCUGAUCCUGGCCAACAAGCAGGACCGCGAGGACUGCGUCGAGGUCGUCCGCAUCAAGGAGGGCCUCGUCAAGCGCGUCUUCGAGGGCGAGAAGGCCGGCGGCAUCCGCGACUCCAGGGUGCUGCCCGUCUCCGCCCUGACCGGCACCGGCGUGCGCGAGGCCGUCGACUGGGUCCGCUCCCGCGUCAAGUGGAACAAGGAGACCCGCCCGCCGGUCAUGAGGUGA